AUGUGGGCUCUCCGCUUGCUACUGCGGGUCGCGGCUGGGCGCAGCAUGUCGCAGGGGCCCGCCCGGCGCCAGCGGCCCCCCAAGGACCCGCUGCGGCACCUGCGCACGCGAGAGAAGCGGGGCCCGUCCUGGGAGCCCAGGGGUCCGAACACCGUGUACCUGCAGGUGGUGGCGGCCGGCGGCAGGGAUGCGGGCGCAGCGCUCUAUGUGUUCUCAGAGUAUAACCGGUACCUCUUCAACUGUGGAGAAGGAGUCCAGCGCCUCAUGCAGGAGCACAAACUAAAGGUUGCUCGCUUGGACAACAUUUUCCUGACACGAAUGCACUGGUCUAAUGUUGGAGGGUUAUGUGGAAUGAUUCUCACUUUGAAGGAAACUGGGCUUCCAAAGUGUGUGCUCUCCGGACCUCCACAGCUAGAGAAAUAUCUUGAAGCUAUCAAAAUAUUUUCUGGCCCAUUGAAAGGGAUAGAUCUGGCUGUGCGGCCCCACUCGGCACCAGAGUACAAAGACGAAACCAUGACCGUCUUUCAGAUCCCCAUAUACAGUGAGCAGAGUUGUAGAGACCACCAGCCAGCCCAGAGACCAGAAAGACCUCUCAGUCGGCUCAGCCCCACGCCCUCUUCAGACUCGGGAUCCCCUGAAAAGGAGCAGCACUCUCCAAGUGAUAUUAGCCAGAAGGUAGAUGGCAGAGACCCUUCCUUGGUGGUCGCUUUCGUCUGUAAGCUUCACUUGAAGAAAGGGAACUUCUUGGUGCUCAAAGCAAAGGAGUUGGGCCUCCCAGUGGGAACAGCCGCCAUCGCCCCAAUCAUUGCUGCCGUGAAGGAUGGGAAAAGUGUAACUUUUGAAGGCAGAGAGAUUUUGCCUGAAGAGAUCUGUACCCCCCCAGAUCCUGGUCUGGCUUUUGUUGUGGUGGAGUGUCCGGAUGAAGGAUUUAUACAGUCCAUCUGUGAAAAUGCUGCCUUCAGGAGGUACCAAGGGAAUGCUGAUGCCCCCGUCGCCCUGGUGGUUCACCUGGCCCCUGACUCCGUGCUUUCUGACAGUAGAUACCAGCAGUGGAUGGAGAGGUUUGGACCUGAUACGCAGCACUUGAUCAUGAAUGAGAGCUGUCCGUCCGUCCACAACCUCCGCAGCCACAAGAUUCAGACGCAGCUUAACCUCAUCCACCCUGCCAUCUUCCCGCCACUGGCCGACGUCACCAGCCAGGACGAAGGUGCUGUCUGCCGUGUGCCCGCCGUGCGCGCCCAGUGUCUCCUCAAGUACCAGCUGCGCCCCAGAAGGGAGUGGCAGAGGGAUGCUCUCCUUACUUGCAAUCCUGAUGAAUUCAUCGCCGAGGCGCUGGAGCUCCCCAAUUUCCAGGAGCAUGUGCAGGAGUGUAAGAAGAGUGUGCAGGAUGGUCCUGUCCCGACAGAGAAAAGGAGCCAGUAUCCAGAAAUAGUCUUCCUGGGCACAGGGUCUGCCAUCCCCAUGAAGAUCCGGAACGUCAGCGCCACGCUUGUCAACAUCAGCGCUGACCGGUCUGUGCUGCUGGACUGUGGAGAAGGCACUUUUGGCCAGCUGUGCCGUCACUAUGGUGAUGAAGUAGACAAGAUCCUGGGCACGCUGGCUGCGGUGUUCGUGUCCCACCUGCAUGCAGACCACCACACGGGCUUGUUAAACAUCCUGCUGCAGCGAGAACGAGCUUUGGCCUCACUAGGAAAGCCAUUGCGGCCUCUGCUGGUGGUUGCCCCCACCCAGCUGCGGGCCUGGCUCCAGCAGUACCAUGACAGGUGCCAGGAGAUUCUGCAUCACGUCAGUUUGAUUCCCUCCAAAUGCCUUCAGAAAGAGGCAGAAGUCUCCAAUCCUGUGAUUGAAAGGCUGAUCAGUUCACUGUUGGAAAUGUGUGACCUGGAGGAGUUCCAGACCUGCCUGGUUCGACACUGCAGACAUGCAUUCGGCUGUGCACUGGUGCAUGCAUCUGGCUGGAAAGUGGUCUACUCAGGGGACACCAUGCCCUGCGAUUCUCUGGUCCAGAUGGGAAAAGAUGCCACGCUCCUCAUACAUGAAGCCACACUGGAGGAUGGCCUAGAGGAGGAAGCGAUGGAGAAGACACACAGCACGACCUCGCAGGCCAUCAACGUGGGCAUGCGGAUGAAUGCCGAGUUUGUCAUGCUGAACCACUUCAGUCAGCGCUAUGCCAAGAUCCCCCUCUUCAGUCCAGACUUUAACGAGAAAGUCGGAAUUGCCUUUGACCACAUGAAGGUCUGCUUCAGAGACUUCCCCACAGUGCCCAAGCUCAUCCCCUCGCUCAAAGCCCUGUUCGCUGAUGAUCUGGAGGAGAUGGAGGGGCGCAGGGAGAAGCGGGAGCUGCGGCUGGUGCGGGCGGCUCUGCUCUCUGGGGACUCCCCGCAGAAGAGGGUGGCGGAGGAUGGGCCUCCGAGCCCCACAAGCAAGAAGACUAAAGCCAACUGA